AUGGCAUCAUCUUUCUUUUCUGAUUUUGGGCUUAUAUGGUAUCUAGAGGAGCUCAAGAAGGACGAGUUCAGAAAAUUUAAGGAGCACCUCAAGCAAGAGACUUUGCAACUUGGACUCCAGCAAAUUCCCUGGGCCGAAGUGAAAAAAGCCUCCCGGGAAGAUCUAGCAAACCUGUUGAUCAAGCAUUAUGAGGAACAACAAGCAUGGGAUAUAACCUUAAAGAUCUUUCACAAGAUCAGUAGACAGGAUCUCUGCGAUAAGGUCCUGAGGGAGACUACAGGAAACACAAAGAUAUAUCAAGAUCACAUUAAAAAGAAAUUUGACGAUCUAUGGUCCAGCAAAUCUAUCACUGGUGUUUAUGCAUACAUUUGCUCAGAAGCCAGGCAGGAAGAAUGUGACUAUAUGGAACUCAUUUUUGCUCCCAGGGAAACGGGGAAACAGCCGUAUACGUUGGUCUUUGAAGGGCUGCAGGGAGUUGGAAAAACAACAUUUCUAAUGAAGGCAAUGUUGACCUGGUCAGAGAGCAGCGUCUAUCAGAGUAGAUUCCUAUAUGUAUUCUACUUCUGCUGCCGAGAACUGAAGCAGUUGACGGAGACAAGCUUGGCUGAACUGAUUUCCAGGGACUGGCCCCAGCCCUCCGCUCCUAUCACAGAGAUCAUGUCCCAGCCAGAGAGACUCUUGUUCAUCAUCGAUAGCUUCGAACAACUGAAAUGUGGGUUGAGUCAACCCGAGUCAGAGCUGUGCAGCGACUGGACGAAAACGCAGCCCGUGCGGGUGCUUAUGAGCAGCUUGCUGAGGAGGAAGAUGCUCCCAGAGUCCUCGCUGGUCAUCGCAGUGGCGCCUCGGUGCACGGUGGAACUUCAGGAUCGGCUGGUGUGCCCGGAAUUCCUAAUAUUCCCAGGAUUCAGGGAGAUUGACAUGCAGGCCUAUUUCUGCUGCUUAUUUCAAGACAGGAAUAGAGCCAUGGAAGCUUUCAGUUUUGUAAGGGAAAACGAACAACUGUUUAUCAUGUGCCGAGUCCCCCUCCUCUGCUGGAUCGUGGGCACCUGUGUGAAGCGAGAGAUGGAGAAAGGCAAAGAUCUGACGUGGACCUGCCGACGUGUCACCUCUCUGCUUGCCUCAUUCGUUUUUCACAUGUUCACACCCAAGGGCGCCGAUUGUCCAAGCCAGCAGAGCCAAUUCCAGCUGAAGGGGCUGUGCUCCCUGGCUGCAGAGGGCAUGUGGACCGACCUGUUUGAGUUCAGUGAGCAGGAUCUCAGGAGAAAUGGGAUAGUUGACUCGCACAUCCCUGCAUUGCUGGACACAAAUAUUCUUGUGAAGUGCACGGAGCGCUCAUACAUGUUCCUUCACAUGAGCAUCCAGGAGUUCUGUGCUGCCAUGUUCUACUUGCUGAACAGUGAUGGUGUCCAUCCUAACCCAGCUGUCAGAUGCAGAGAGUUGCUACUCUUUACCUCUAUAAAGAAAGCAAGGAAACUGCAUUGGAUUUCUUUGGGGAGUUUUACAUUUGGUUUGUUAAAUGAAAGGGAACAACAAAAGCUAGAUGCAGUUUUUGGCUUCCAGCUGUCCCGAGAGACAAAGCAGAGAUUUCUCCAGUGCCUGGCGUACUUAGGCGACCACGAAGAUCUUCAGGAGCAGACAGAUUUCUUGGCAUUGUUUUACUGUCUGUUUGAAAUGCAGGACGAAGCCUUUGUAAGGCAGGCCAUGGACUUUCUCCAACAAGUUAACUUCUCUAUCUUUGAAAACACGGACUUGGUGGUUUGCGCCUACUGCUUGAAAUACUGUUCUGGCUUGAGGAAACUUCGGUUUGCAGUCCAAAACAUCUUUAAGGAAGAGAAUGGACAACACUCUAUGCCAAGUUGCAGCCUCAUCAAUUGGCAUCAUGUUUGCUCUGUGCUCGCGACCAAUGAGCACCUUGAAAAAUUCAAGCUGGUGAACAGUAGCCUCAAUGAGUCAGCUAUGGUGACUCUGUGUAAUCAGCUGAGACUUCCCAGCUGCCGCCUUCAAAAGCUUGAGCUAAAUACUGUUUCCUUUUCUGGUAAGAGUCUCGCUUUCUUUGAGGUGCUUUCUUACAAUGCACAUAUAAAAAACCUGAAACUCAUCAAAAUGAAACUCUCCCGUGAGGAAGUGAAGCUGCUCUGUUAUGGCUUGGCCUGUUCAGUGUGCAACGUAGAAACCCUAAUGCUGGGAAGUUGCAGCCUUUUGCCGGAGGACUGUGCAAUGUUUGCCGUGGUUCUGGACGUAAACAAGAAGCUGAAGCACCUGAACCUGACCUGCAACCACUUGGACCAGGGGUUGGGCAUUUUGUGUGAAGCCUUGUGCCAACCAGACUGCGUCCUGGAGUUCCUGGUGUUGGCUUACUGCUACCUCAGUGAGCCUUGCUGGGAGUACCUCCACGAAGCUCUUCGGGAUAACAAAAGCCUGCGCCAUCUAGACCUCAGCGUGAACACCGUGAAGGAUGAAGGAGUGACACUUCUCUGUGAGGCCCUGAGACGCCCAGACUGCUGUCUGCAGUCGCUGUGUUUGGUAAAAUGUUCUUUCACUGCUGCUGGCUGUCAAGACCUCGCCUCUGUUCUCAUCAGCAAUCAAAACCUGAGAAAUCUGCAGAUUGGGUUCAACGAUAUAGGAGAUGUGGGCGUGAAAGUGUUGUGUGAAGCUCUGACACAUCCCAACUGUCGCUUGGAGAAACUUGGGUUGCAAGCAUGUGAGUUAACCAGUGCCUGCUGCAAGGAUCUCUCUUCUGUUCUCACCAGUAGUAAGACCCUGUGGAGGCUAAACCUGGCCUGGAAUGCCUUGGACCACAGUGGGGUGGUUGUGUUAUGUGAGGCCCUGAGACAUCCAGAUUGUGCCCUGCGGACUCUUGUGCUGAAUAAAGCUGAAUUUGAUGAGGAAACACAGAUGUUCCUGAUGACCGAGGAAGAGAGAAAUCCCCACUUGAGCAUCAUAGUCGAAUGACAGAGCAGAGACGGGACCAUGGGGGUGGACACCUGAUUACAGGCAACCUGGACUCAUUCCAGCUCAAGGUCACAUGCGAAGCCUGGGGGUUGGGGCUCUUACUUGUGCUUGUCUGUACCCAGGGAUUACAAAUCACUGACACUCUGAGAUGAGAUACUUCUGGCACCCUGUGCAGAUGUGUUUCAUAUAAUGUAUGUCUUUAUUUGCUCUUUGGCCAUAGAUGA